AGUUUUCCAGAGAGUCAAACCAACAUCCAAGAUGCCUGUCGACUACAGCGGGACGUGGGACAUGAUCAGCAGUGUCAAUUUUGAUGGAUACAUGAUUGCACUUGGCAUUGAUUUUGCAACACGCAGGAUUGCCUCAGUGUUGAAGCCUCAGAAAGUGAUUAAGCAAGACGGAGAUUGCUUCACAAUUAAGACAUUCACCACUUUCAAAAAUUAUGAGUGUUCAUUCAAAAUCGGAGAAGAGGUCAAAGAAGUGACAAAAGGGAUGGACAACAGAACAUGCCAGACUGUGGUCAACUGGGAUAAUGAUAAGCUGGUGUGUGUUCAGAGAGGAGAAAAGAAGAACCGAGGGUGGACUCACUGGGUUGAGGGAGACGAGCUUCAUUUGGAACUCACUUGUGAGGAUCAAGUCUGCAAGCAAAUUUAUAAAAGAACUCUGUGAUCUUUAGAAUUAGGAAACAGACGCCACAGAGCUUCAUUCACAGUAUUUCCAUGUAACAAUCUGGCUUAAAAAUAAAGGAGCAUGUAAUAUGA